GCCAAGUCAACGGCAAGUCCGAUGACGGGCUGCUGGUGGACGGUUCAGUAGCGCAGCGACUGUCGCACGAGUGAAACGAACCCUCGGAGGGCCGUACACGCUGCGCACGGGUUGCGUUUACGCUGGAAGAUAGUUCGAAAACAAAGGCGAAUAACGAAAGUGCAAAACCAAGCGUUUCUCUGCUGUAGUGUGCAUUAGUGUGGUGACUUUGUUUUUGUAGUCCAGUGUUUUGUGUAAAUAAAUUUCCUUGACCCCAAAAGAAAACCUUCGUAACGGGUAGAGGAAAACAUCAUGUCCUUCACAGUGCAAAACCACAACAACAACAGCGAUGUGGUGAGGGUUUUCAUCGGGUUGUUGUUGGGGGUGUUAGUGUUUCUACAAACAGCAACGACGCAUGGGUUCGCCCAACAAACGACAGGUGAUCGUGUGUACAAGCCGGAAAUGGACGAUCUCUACAUUACGGUGAACGCGCGCACCCGAACCCUCGAGCUGGCGUGGCGCAAUUUCGACGAUCUAUCCAAUUACAUACUGCUGGCCGAACAGUACCCGGUGGAAGCGUUCGAGCCGCGCUACUACUACUACACGAGCGACUCCGGUUCCACCAGCAGCAGCAGCGGCAGCACAGCAAGCCCAUCUGGUGUCACAGACGGGGAAGAUAGUGGGACGAUGACACAGAUGAUGGGUGAUGAUGCGGCAACCAUCGCCCACAGAACACCGGAAGUGUCCACUGCUGGUAUUGGUAGCUCUACUACCGAAAAUAGCGUCUCCACGACAAGCGGCUACGACUACAGCGAGAUGGAGCUUGGCUGGGUGUACGACUUCCGGGACGAAUCGGGCUACCGUAAGAAGGAAGUGCUAUUUUCACUACAACCGAUCUACACCAACGGUUGGACAAAAACCGGUAUCAAAUUUAAUUACGAUCUCAUGAACGGCGUCAACACAAACACCAGCUGCUACGGGUACUACGCGUACUUCGUACGCCCAAAUGGGACCGUCCUGUCGGCGCACUGCAUGAAGCUGCACCCGAGAUGGAUGAUGGAUCUGCGACCACAUCUGAGUGCGUUCCGCAUGCGGGAACUGUUCAUACCCGGUACGCACGAUUCCGCCUCAUACAAGGCCGGUUUCGAUCCGCAGUAUCAGGAAACGAUCAUCACCAAGUACGCACUAACGCAGGAUGACGAUGUAUAUGGGCAGCUGCUACAGGGCAUCCGGUACAUCGAUCUGCGCGUCGGAUACUACAAAAACAGUCCCUCACCGUUCUGGGCUAACCAUGGCAUAUCGCGACUCCAUCCGCUGAUCGACAUUCUCGAGCAGAUCAAGCGAUACGCGCAGGAAACGCACGAAAUUAUCGUGGUGGAUGUGCAAGAAUUCCCCGUAGGAUUUGGCAAGGAGUACAACAUUCACACAAAGUUAAUAAACUUCUUGCAGAGCUCGCUAGGGGACGUGAUGGCCAAUCCGAGCAUUGGCUGGGAUGGGACGCUCGGUGAUGUGUGGGCUGGCGGGAAGACGGUGGUGUUGGCCUACGAUCAUGAGUUUGCCUUCCGAUCGUUCUCGCACGUGGUGUGGCGUUCGGUACAGCAACGCUGGGGCAAUGUGCAGAAGGUGAACGAUCUGAAGGACUACCUGUUCAAGGUGCACCAUCCUCGUGGAUUCCGAGAAUACUCAUACCGCCCAGUGGCCGAUAUGGCCGAACUAACGCCCGACCCUUGGGGUGUCAUUACGGAUCGGUACGGUGGUCUACGAAAGAUGGCCGACUCAGUGAACCGGUUCGUGACCAAAUGGUAUUUUGAAGAUCUCGGCCCUACCGCCAACGUGGUCGCAGUCGACUUUGUACGCGGUACCAGCAUCGUCGAGGCGGCAAUCUACUGGAAUCUGAAGCGUGUUCCAAAUGGUUCAAUAAAACUCCUCUACUAGAACUACUAUCAU